CUGUAAACUAGGGUUGUAGUUUUUUCUCUGUAUUACUUCAAUUUUUUUUUCAAAAAAAAAAAAAAAAAUCAUUUUUAUUUUUGAAGCUUUUUUCUUUCUCUUCAAUGGUGAAUGUUUAAGCUACAGUGUUACGUUUUUCUCAGUUUUUUCCAUCAAAAUUGAAAAAUCUGCUUCUGGGUUUUCAUCAUUUCUAAAAAAGUUUAUAUUUUUGAAGCUUUUCUGUGUUGUUACAAAUUUUUGUGUUUCUGGGUAUCUUAGUUUUGCAUUCAAGUUUUGAUUUUUGAAGUUUUUUAGAUUUUGGGUUGUGUUAGUUUUGGUUUGAUUCUGAGAAAAAAUGGAAGAAAGAGAGAUUUUUGGUUCUGGGCAUGCUGUUAAUGUUAACCAGGCCCCACCUGGCUUCAAUUUAGCUCAAAAUACGUUGAAUUUUGCUGGGUCCACGGGAGAGUUACCGGCUCCGGUGCCGGUUGCCGGUGGCGUGGAGGUGAAGAAGAAGAGGGGCAGGCCUAGAAAGAGUGAAUCUGGAAGUAAGCCGGCGUUGUCACCGAUGCCAAUUUCGGCUUCCAUUCCGUUGACCGGUGAUUUUUCAGGUUGGAAAAGUGGUGGUGGUGGAGGUGGAGGUGUAGUGAAGCCAUUUGAAUCAAUUAAGAAGCCUUUGAAGUUGAAUGAUUUUGAUGAAGGUAAUUUUGAUGAAGAUAAUGGAAUAUCACCCUUUGGUUCCAAUUUCAAAACACACGUGCUUACUGUAAAUUCUGGAGAGGAUGUCUCGAUGAAAAUAAUGUCUCUUUCUCAACAAGAAUAUCAUACUAUAUCCAUUCUGUCUGCGACUGGCACAAUUUCGAAUGUAACACUUCGCCAGUCGGAUGCUUGUGGCGGUACUUCAACGUAUGAGGGAGUUUUCGAGAUUCUUUCCUUGAGCGGCUCAUUUGUGCCAACCGAGAAUGGAUUGACAAAGAGCAGAUCUGGUAGAAUGAGUGUCUCACUGGCAGGUCCAAAUGGUCGUGUUUUUGGGGGUGCACUGGCUGGUUUGCUGGUAGCUGCUGGUUCUGUGCAGGUUGUGGUUGCGAGUUUUUUUCCAGAGAAGGAGAAUCCAAAGAGGCAGAGGGUCGAUCAUUCGGCACCAACUGCCCCUCCUACAUCAUCUCAUAUUAACAAUCAUGUUUCUGCCGAAGAAUUGAGAACUGAUAUUGGUGGAAUGAAGCCUAUCAUGUCACCGGCAGGUUUUAACUUCGCUUCUUUCGGCAAUGGCCAAGGCUCUGGCAACUCAUCAUCAUCUGCGGAUGAUGAGCAUGUCUAACCCUAGCCAUUAAGAUGCUCAUGCUUGACUCAUUGAUUCUUAGAAUUAUUGACCGAUGAGAUGAAGUAUCCAUUUGAUUCUCUGACUAUAAGAAAAAUUGUUAUAUUAUGUACCAGUAGGUAUUUGGUUAAAUGUAGCUCUGAUAUGGUUGUAGCAAGUAGAUUUAGGAUACAUGUUAUGUAUGCUCCUUAUUUAGAAUUUAUAACAAUGUUUGAAAUUUGAGUGAAUGUGGAAUGUUUCUAAACUUGUAACCUAACAUUAUUAUAUUAAUGGUUUAUGGUUGUGAAAGUGGAAAUUAGAUGUUAUGUUA